GAGCGAGCUGAAGACUGAAGACACUGCGUAUCGACUGGGCUCUCAUACACAGCCAUUGCAGAGCAUUGAGAUUCAGCUAUAGUCAAUUGAUACUGCCAUCAAGAUGGGAAAGGAUCCAACUAAGCCGAGGGGGAAGAUGUCCUCCUAUGCGUAUUUUGUUCAGACCUGCCGGGAAGAACACAAGAAGAAACACCCUGAUGCUUCGGUGAACUUUGCUGAGUUCUCCAAGAAGUGCUCCGAGCGAUGGAAGACCAUGUCUGCCAAGGAGAAGGGCAAAUUUGAGGACCUGGCCAGGCAGGACAAGGCGCGUUACGAGAGGGAGAUGAUGAGCUAUGUUCCAGCCAGGGGAGGCAAGAAGAAGAAGUACAAGGACCCCAAUGCCCCCAAGAGACCCCCAUCUGCUUUCUUCAUCUUUUGCUCGGAGUUCCGCCCCAAGGUGAAAGGCGAGAGCCCUGGUCUGUCAAUCGGAGACGUCGCCAAGAAGCUGGGCGAGAUGUGGAACACCACCGCCGCAGAGGACAAGCAGCCCUACGAAAAGAAGGCGGCCAAGCUGAAGGAGAAGUACGAGAAGGACAUCGCAGCUUACCGCGCCAAGGGCAAAACAGGAGGCGCGGCCCCAGCAAAGGCCCCCGCCAAGGUGGAGAAGAAGGAAGACGAUGACGACGACGACGAAGACGAGGAUGAAGAAGAGGAAGACGACGACGAGGAUGAUGAUGAGUAGAUGGUGAGGGACAUAGAGGUCAUCUCCUUGUUUAUAAAGCAUUUAACCCCUUGUACACACUUCACUUCUGAAAGAAAAUUCAUUAGUAUCUGAGGGGUGGAAACAAAACCAACAAAAAAAGAAUGCCAACAUUAAGGCUGUGUAUAUCGGUUGUUUUUAUGCUGUACAGUUUUUUUCUUUCCUUUUUGUAUAGUUAACACUACACAAGUAUUGUGUCUGUAUCUUUCUGCCAGUCUUAUUUCUUUUCCCCCAGUGGUAGUUUUAGACCACUAUCCUGCCUGGUACAGUAUAAAGGGGUGGGCUUACAGUAUUUCCCUUAGCUAGCAGUGCACAGCACAUAAAAGCGUUAUAAGUUAGAUCUGAGUGUAUCUUUUCUUUUUCUUUAUCUUUACCUGUGUGUUUUUAUUUCCGAUGACAUGUUAUCAGAAUUGACGUAUCACACUCGUUUUACUGAUCUUUAUGUACCACUGUAAUCUUGGACAAAGAAAAAUUAGCAAAACAAACAAACUAAGAAGAAAAA